AUGGUAUCCAUUAGUGGUAAGUCUAUUGUAUGGCUGCAUACAGUUUGUGCUUCAGGUGCUUUCGUUGUGGCACUAUUGCUUGGCUAUAAUCUGCAUUUUGAUAAGAUUGUCCGUAAUGCACAUUACGGUUAUCCCGAUGAAUGGUUCCCCAGUGUGUCUGCCACUAUUGGCGAUCGAUACCCUGAAAGAUCAGUUUUCCAAAUUGCGAUUGCACUAACAGCUAUGCCUAGAUUUUUACUGUUGUUGCUUCAUUGGUUUAAGACACGUUCCUUAUGGGGUCCUAUUGUUGGCGUUCUAAGGACGGUCACAUGUGGAGGCUGGGUAUACAUUACUAGUACAGAUGAUCAUAACGUGCAUGAUGUAUUUAUGAUUUCCUAUAUCUUUUUGACUAUCCCCUGGGAUGUCUUUGUGCUUUCUCAUGCUGAAUGGAAGAAGCCAUUGCGUAUAGUGGUGGCACUCUCCUUCUUUGGAACCUUGAUACCGCUAGUUUAUUGGUUCAUCGAACAUAACUUUAAAGUAAGAGCAGGAGCGUAUUCUAUAUACGCUUACUUUGAAUGGUCAUUGAUUAUUCUAGAUGUCCUCUUUGAUGGUUUGAGCUGCAAAGAUAUGGAAAAUAUUACUUUAACAUUCGCUGAUGGCAUUUCAUCGGCUGCAAAUCAAGUUUCUGCCCCACCAAAAAGAAGAACUAGAUCCGAUUAUCAAAAUAUGGGAAAGUACGAAAAUGAUUCGAAUGUAUCUGUAGAUGAAUCUCUGGAAGAGAUUAAUAUUGUGGUUGAAGAGCAAGAAGAUAUUAUUUAUGCCCCUUUAAGUUCUUAUAUCAAACAGGAAUCUGUAAUUUACAUUCUAGUGAAUGUGUUUGAUUCUUUCAUGUUUUGGACAAACCUCACUUCGUUGUUGUGUAUUAUUUGGUAUUUCCCGCUUUGGUAUAUGGGCAUUUCCGGUUAUGAAGCUACCAUUGCAGCAGUAUUGAGUCCAAUUUUACUAUGCAUUCCUUUCGUGCCCAUUUUAGUCCAUCAAUAUGGACCAUUGUUGGGCAAUGUUGUCGGGAUUGGUGCAUAUUUGAUUCAGCACCCUGAAACUAGGUUGAUCACGGUGGCUGUAGCUGUUGGUCUCAGCACGAUGAAUUUUGUUCAGACGUUAAGAAGCAUCUCCAGAGAACCAGCUUGCGUCACUCAGUAUGCAGUGGCAUGGAGCUUUGGUUUAGUUGCUAGUGUUAUAUUGAAGAUGGCUUUCUAUUCAAAUAAUCCAAUUUGGCCUAUUAUGAACGAAGAAAAUGGAGGUUGGAAUAAGACAGGUUUGAUCGUUGCCACAGUUUUUGCAAUCUUCACUCCAUAUAUUAACAGUUGCCAUUAUGCUGUUGACGCCAACGGCGAAAAUUCCGCACCUUCAGCCUUACAAACUCCUUUAACGUUGCGUAAAAAACUCCUGGGCUCUCUUGGUCUUGGUGCUUUGAUUUUCUCAAUUCACCAGUUGCUUACUGAUUCUUCUACUUUAAUAUACUGGUCAUGGGAAGGUUGGUCCCAAUCCGCUCAGAUGGGACCUCUUCCAUGGCCCUUUGCUGCAUUGACCUGUGUUGUUAUGUCAUUUGCAGCCACAUCGUCAUGGAAAUUUGCCCAUUCAACAAAAUCCACUCCUAUCUGGACAUUGGUUUUGUCCACUCUAGUAUUAGGUAGCAAGCAUAUUACUGGGUGGUACAAAUUUAUCCUGGGUGGAUUACCUUAUGCAUACUCCGUUCUAUUAUUUGUCCCAAAUUACUUCAUCACCGUCAAUCAAGUUUCUAACAUAAAUUUCACAGCUUCCUUUGUGACAUAUGUGAUAUUAACGCUAUCUCAUGUUUGGACAGUUGCUUACGCGUUUGUUCCAUAUGGCUGGGUUUUAAGAGAACGUUUAGAUUGUGUACUAGCUACAGCAAGUCUUUUAAUUGUUGCUGGUUCAAAUGAAUACCGUGAGACUAUUCAUAUCAAUUCUGCCUACAUGAAAAGGCUCUUCUUGCUACUGGUUGGGUUUAUUGUUGCGAUUGCUUAUGUUACAGAGCAGCUAAGACCUACAGGAGUGCCUCAGCCUUAUCACCCGGACUCAGAACUGCUAACCGCUGGUAUCUGGACAGUGCACUUUGGGCUUGAUAAUGAAAUGUGGGCAAGUGAAAAUCGGAUGAUCGAUUUGAUCCGCGAUAUGGAAUUAGAUAUUGUCGGGUUACUGGAGACGGACACACAGCGUAUAACUAUGGGUAACCGUGACCUAACUUCACGUAUGGCUCAUGAGUUGCAGAUGUAUGCUGAUUAUGGACCUGGUCCAAAUAAACAUACAUGGGGGUGUGUGCUCUUAUCUAAAUUUCCAAUAGUUCAGAGUGAGCAUCAUCUCUUACCAUCUCCCGUUGGGGAGUUAGCACCGGCUAUACACGCGAUUCUCGAUGUGUACGGCGAAUUAAUUGACGUUUAUGUGUUCCACAGUGGUCAGGAGGAAGACGAGCUUGAUAGGAAGUUACAGAGCGAGGGAUUACGUGACCUGAUGGGUGCCCAUGACAGACCUGCCAUUCUGCUAAGUUACUUGGUUACAGAGCCACACAACGGAAAUUACAACAAUUACGUGAGUGAUAAAUCCGGUAUGCACGAUAUCGAUCCUGAGGAUGACGAUAGGUGGUGCCAGUACAUAUUGUUCAAAAACUUAAAACGUACAGGAUUUGCUAGAGUGUCCAGAGGCACCAUUACAGACACGGAAUUACAAGUUGGUAAAUUUCAAGUACACCAAGAACCCAAUUCUCAUAAAGCAAUUAAACGCCUAGAUAAGAACGAAGUUGAACAAGAUAUGAGAUUCCCUGAUAAAUUCCUUGGGGAAGGUGAAAGAGGACAUAGGUAUCAUGUAUUUGAAGAACCGAGGUAUUACGAUUAA